AUGACGGCAGAGGUACGGCUCAACUUUGAGCCAGACACUCUGUCUCAGCUCGAGGAGUGGCACGAGUCGGUGCGCACCAAGGCCAUCACCAUCAUCCAAAAGACGAUCCCGGAAAAGGUCCUCUUCCUCAACCAGAAGAUCGCAAAGGCCCAGGCCGACAAGACUGACCUCCUCUCCAAGCACCACUACUUCCAUCCGGACGCCAUCGCGACCGAUACUACUGUCCAUCACCCUGCUGCCGCCGACGAUGCGGCUGCUUCGUCUUCGUCAAAGAAGAGAAAGACGGCCGAUGCCAACGGUGUUGCUACCGGCGCCACCCCGGAGGAGGCCACGGUGUAUACCGGCAACGUCAAGGCUUCAGAGUACCUCGAGAGGGUCUACGAUGAUCUGCGGGCGGAAUGGGACGAGAUGAUCGUCCUCAUGGACGACCUCAAGAUGUUUAUCAACCUCCUCAUCCCGCGCAUCGAGGACGGCGACACGUUUGGCGUCUCGGUGCAGGAAGAGGCGCUCAACGAGGUGGUCCGCACCCAGGACAGCGCCUACAACCUCCUCGCCACGCCCUUUUCCACCCUGACGGUGCGCGGCGAUCUGGCCGCCAAGAUGGUGCGCUACCCGGGCGUCGAGGACUACGCCCUCGCCCUCCGCGAGCACGACCGCAAGAGCGUCUACCGCGCCAACAUGCAGCUCACCGACACGCGCAACAUGUACGCCGUCGUGCUCGACAUCCUGCGCAAGAAUAUCUCCAAGAUCUCCAAGCCCAAGAGCGGCAACCAGAUGGGAAGCUACGGCUAA